AUCCGCAUCAUCUCAUAUAGCUCCCUUAUUGCUGUCAGCAAGAUUCAACUCAACGAAACGGAUACGCAAGCAACAUCGCCAGCACAAUUGCUAUACAGCUAUAUAAAGCCAAUCGCCCAAGCGCCUGAUUCAUUAGAGACAAAGUGAUUGGUCACUUUGUCGCGCAACGGCGCCUACUCUUGUCCGGUUGACUAUGCGCACUUCGACCACAGCCUCGACGCUGCGCCCGAGCUCUCUAUCGCCUUCUAUGCCGUCCGACGCUCCACUUCACGGCAAUGAUGGGCCUACGCCUGUCACACCAGACUAUUCCAUGGUCGAUCGCAACUUCAAGAUCAUGAGAAGCUUGUCUGAACACGCCAUCAAUCGCAUGCAAGACGUUGGGACAAAGCACGCCGGCUCCAGCAGACCACCUCCAUCCGCCUUGCCAUCCGCCUUCAGAUCACCGCAGCUAUCGCCCUACGAGCCACAGACGGAGGAGGACGGCGCAGAGCACGAUUUGUGGGGUCAGCGCACGAUCACUAAACGCGCCAGCAAACGUCCUUCUCUCAGCUUGACUGGAGGGUUCGACAAACCACCCGUGCCCCGCCAAGUGUCCACUCCACUCACACACAGGCGUCGCAGUCGAGGAUCUACUGAACCGCCAAAGACUCUAGCUCGUCGCUCUUCUGCUCCGGACCUCAGUGAAGGCGUGACCGGAAAGACGUCUCGCAGAUCAUCCAUGUCGGAACAAGAUGAAGAGCUGGUGCAAACAAUUGCGUCGCAAGAGCUAACGAUAGAACAUCUCAAAGCCAAGCAACGCGAGGCAGAGGCUGCUCAAGGGGAGCAGAAGACAACUUUUGUCGAGACUGCGGAGCUCAAACAGCUGCGUGCUACAGUCUACGAGCAAGAAGAAUGGUUUCAGCAACAUCGUCAAGAAAGGGAUGAUCUCCAGGACAAGCUCAGUCGAACCCUGCGGGAGAAUUCUGAGCUGCGAUCAGCCAAGAAGCAGCUCGAACAAGAUCUCGAGUCCUAUGAGCGUUAUCUCAGUGCAGGCAAGGAUGAGAUUGACAGAAACCACGAGGUAAUUGCAAGGCUCGAGAAAAAGAUAGCCAAGAACGUGGAGGAUGAAGCGCGACUGGAGAAUGAGAUCAGUCACCUCGAAAAGGCUCUGGAGCGCGAACAAGACAAGUACCACGAGAGCAAGAAGGAAUGGCAGAAGCUGAACAGCAGCAACCAGCUGAAGCUAGGUCGAUUCGAAGAACGCGUACAAGAGCUCGAAGAUGAGGUCAAGAGCAAGGAAGAUGAUAUGCAGGAGGAGCUCGACAGAGUCAGAGCUAUUGCCAACACGGUACCAGACCUUCAGCAGGAGAUUGCAGUGCUCACCAAGUUUGCAAAGGGCAUGGCUGUCGACGAGGGCGACAUGACGCUCAGCGAGCUUCGCGGUGAAAGGGAGCGCUCUCCAGACCUGGAAGCUGAGCUCACAGGCGCCUGGCUACCUUUUGGUACCAGCAGAGGGCGUGCACAGGGCAAGCGUGACAGCCUCAGAUUGAGCGUGGCUCAGUCAGAGCGCGAAAUCGCGUACGCAGAGUCUGGCAUGCAGACCCAAAGCGACGAGAGUGAAGCACCGCUCUACGCAGAGACCAAGACGAUCUCGGCGGAAGCAAAGCCAUCGAUGGUGUCAGCAGCGGUACAGUCGGACUUGACGCCACUCGUCCCGACCAUUGUCGUUCACAAGGUCGACCUUAACGAGCUGCGCAUCGAAGCCGUCAAGCGCCUGAGUGAUUUCUGGCGCUCCUCAAAUCGCAAUCAGACGCUCCUCACAGUGGCUGGACUGGCUUGGGCGGUGCAUUAUGCGCUCUCAGAGUCGGACGAGGAAUGGGUCAACAGGACCGACACGUUCAUGAAUCCUGGCGCAUACGUGCCCGCCUUUGGCCAUUGAAGUCGCCAAACGUGGUUUCCAGCACUAUUCAGGCCGCAGAAGAAGGAGCGGUGAAUGGACCUAAGUUGACGAUUCGAUAAGCCCUCAUCAUCGAUCGAGCGCACGAGGCAACAGGGCCGCACCCAUGGGUCUGGAUCCCGUCCUCGCACCAGAUGUACUAACAGUUACUUGCCGUUCAUCACUCCCCCGAUUGUAUCACAACCAUUCGCUCGCGAGAGCUAGCAACCGUCAUACCCGUGCCUGGCAAUCGAUCUCCUUGUUUGGCGACGAGCGGCGCUUACCGAGACGAGCGC